GACGAAAAGACAGCCAAACUACAGGCCGCCGAAAUGCGUAUUCAGGAGCUGGAAACCCAGUUGAAGACACUUAAGACGGAAAAGGAUAACUUGCAGGCGGAACACACAGAUCUUUUGCUUCUUCUGAGUGAUCAGGACUCCCAACUUGCAGAACUCACGCAGAAGCUGGAGCAAAAGUCCCUUUCUGUGGCCGCACCGGCGGUGUCACAGGCAACUUCUAGUCCUCUUCAACCAGUGGUAACUGAGGCCGCGCAGAACUCCUCGUCGGCGGCGGCCUCGGAACAACAAUCUCUUCCAGCCACGGAGUCACAGAACACCGCCGCAGCUGUCUUGCACAACCCAGAAAGCGCAGUCGCCACUACCGCCUCCGCGGUCUUGGAUACUCCUACUACUACCGCCUAUCCCGCACAACCAUACCAAGCGGCCGGUCAGGGCUUUCAGUUGGGCUACGCUACCGGC